AUGGCAGCAUUAACUUCAGCAAGUGGUAUUCUCGCGCUGCUCGAUGAGCAGCAAACCGAACUUCAAGUAUAUGCUUUGCAGAAUUUAAACAAUCUUGUCAACGAGUUCUGGGCAGAAAUAUCCGACUCUGUUGCGAAAAUUGAGAUCCUUUAUGAAGAUUCACAGUUUUCGCAGAGAGAAUUAGCCGCACUGGUUGCUUCUAAGGUCUACUACCACUUGGGUGAACUUGACGAGUCGCUGACGUUCGCACUUGGUGCUGGUCAGAUUUUUGACCUGUCAGAAAAAUCUGAAUACGUAGAAACGAUUAUUUCAAAAUGUAUCGACAAGUACAUUUCUUUAAGAACGCGUCAGGCCGAAGGUGACAACACUGUAGAAAUCGACCCACGACUUCAAAACAUUGUCGAACGCAUGUUCCAGCGUUGUUCCGAGGAUCACGAAUACGAACAGGCUAUUGGCGUUGCGCUCGAAUCUCGACGACUCGACGUAGUAAAAACAAUGAUUGAGCGAGGUUCGCCACACAAACUCUUGCCAUAUGUCAUGGAAGUAUGCAUGACUUUGGUACAAAACUUGGAUUUCCGUAAUCAGGUGCUUCGUCUUUUGGUUACUUUAUACCGCGAGCUUCAGGAACCCGACUACAUUUCCAUCAGCCAGUGUCUUGUUCAUUUGAAUGACUCGACUUCUUGCACUGAGCUUCUGCGCGACUUGAUCGAAAAAGAUGAAGUGUUGAUGGCAUAUCAAAUUGCUUUUGAUUUGGAAGAGAACGCUACUCAAGACUUUUUGUUGCGAGUUGCUAAGGAAUUGCCUCAACCAGAAACGCCCGCACCGCAAGAAGGAGCCGAAGAAACCGAGCCAAUUUUAAGCGAAAAGGAUGAAGCAUUUAAGAAGGCCUGUUCGAUUUUGUCAGGCGAAGAGACGAUCCGUUUGAACUUGGAAUUCUUGUACCGCAACAACAAUACCGAUCUUUUGAUUUUGAAGAACACAAAGAGCGCUCUUGAAUCUCGAAACUCGAUAUAUCACACCGCUGUCACCUUUGCUAAUGCGUUCAUGCAUGCCGGUACUACGAGCGACGAGUUCUUGCGCCAGAAUCUCGAAUGGCUAUCCCGUGCCACCAACUGGUCUAAAUUCAGUGCCACCGCUGCUCUCGGUGUCAUCCAUAAGGGUCAAUUGGCACAAUCCAUGAACCUCUUAUCGCCAUAUCUGCCCCAGGAUGGAGGAAACGGCAGCAGCGUAUACUCCGAGGGAGGUUCGUUGUAUGCACUAGGUCUCAUCAAUGCAAAUCAUGGUACCGGGGUUCUUGAUUAUCUGAAGAAUGCACUCAAGGACGCACAAAGCGAUGUUAUUCAGCAUGGUGCUUGUCUUGGUCUCGGCGUUGCCGGCAUGGCAACUGAUAAUGAAGACAUCUACAAUGAGUUGAAGAACACGCUUUACAGCGACAGUGCUGUCGCAGGUGAAGCCGCCGGUUUGGCCAUGGGUCUUGUCAUGCUUGGUACUGCAUCCCCCGAAGCUAUUGAAGAAAUGCUUCAAUACGCACAUGAAACUCAGCACGAAAAGAUCAUUCGCGGUCUCGCUGUUGGUAUUUCAUUGAUCAUGUACGGCAAGGAAGAAAAGGCCGAUGGAUUGAUCGAUCAGCUUUUGGAUGACAAGGAUCCUGUCUUACGAUAUGGUGGUAUUUACACAAUCGCAAUGGCAUACAGCGGUACUGGCAAUAACAAGGCCAUUCGCCGUUUGCUUCAUGUUGCUGUCAGUGAUGUCAAUGAUGAUGUCCGUCGUGCUGCAGUAACUGCUCUUGGUUUCAUUCUUCUGCGAAACCCCAAGCAGGUCCCACGCAUUGUCCAGCUGUUGGCUGAAAGCUACAACCCUAAUGUCAGAUACGGUGCUGCCCUCGCUCUGGGUAUUUCUUGUGCAGGAACUGGUUAUCUUGAUGCCUUAGAGCUUCUUGAACCAAUGACUAAAGACCCUGUUGACUUUGUUCGACAAGGUGCUCUGAUUUCGCAAGCAAUGAUUCUUGUACAGCAAACCGAAAACACAAACUCCAAGGUUGCAGGAGUGCGAAAACUGUACGAAAAGAUCAUCAGCGACAAGCAUGAAGAUCCUAUGGCCAAGUUUGGUGCUGCUCUUGCCCAGGGUAUCAUUGAUGCUGGUGGUCGAAAUGUAACUAUAUCCCUUGUAUCACGCACGGGCCAUGCCAACAUGCCCGCCAUCAUUGGUACUGCUAUCUUUACACAAUUCUGGUACUGGUAUCCAUUAACGCACAUGCUCAGCUUGGCGUUUACUCCUACGGCCAUCAUUGGUCUCAACAAAAACUUGGAGACCCCCAAAUUUGAGUUUGUUUCAAAUGUCAGACCAUCCUUGUUCGCUUACCCACCACAGCUCAAGCCUCCAUCCACAACCGUUGUAGAGAAGGUUGCCACAGCCGUGUUAUCCACAACAGCAAAGACAAAGGCCAGAGCCAAGAAAUCAGAAAAGGAAAAAGCCGAUCACAUGGACAUAGACAAGGAACCCGUGAAGGAAGAGAGAAAGGAAGAAGGUAGCAGCAGCAGCCCCAGCAAAGAUGAUAAGAAGCCUAAGAAGAAGAGGGAAGAGAGCUUUGAAGUUAUGGAGAACAUGGCACGCGUGGUUCCAGCACAGCUCAAGUACAUUUCGUUCAAGGACGACUCUCGGUAUGCACCUUUGAAGAAGGACAACGUCGGUGGAAUCAUUAUGCUUUUGGACAAGACUCCCGGAGAGAUGGAAGAUUUAAUUCAGCCGAGUGCGCCAUCUGGAGAAUCUUCAGGCGCAAACCAAGCUGAAGAGGAGGCGCCACCAUUUGAGCCGUUCGAAUAUCCCUUUGACGACUAA